AUGCGCGCCGGCGCAAAACCGCGCUGCGCCUUGAUAGCCUCGUGGGAGUUGCGCGUUCGUUUGCUCCGGGUUCGCGUCUCUUUUCUUCUCUCCGGGUUAAGAUACGGCCACGACAAACCCUGUUCCCCGGGCUCAAAGAAGCUGGUUAAAGCGAACCCCUUGAAACAGUCGGGUGAGCUUUUAAAAAAGGAAAUCUUUGUUGGAAAUCUCCCCCUGGAUAUCAAAGAGGAAGAGAUUGCCUUCUUAUUCAAGGAUUUUGGAAUCAAAUCUUUGAAGAAGCACAGUAAUUCUUUCAAAUGUUUUGCAUUUCUGGACUUGAUGUCCCCAGAAGCCGCGAAAUUAGCAAUCCAGCUUUUGAAUGGACACUUCGUAAAAGGGAGACCGAUGUCCGUCGCGUUUUCGGAAAACAGGAAAACCCACGAGGUUGCGAAAACCAUCCCUCCGAUGCCGGAUUUGGAAUUGGUCCCACCCAGUGAAUAUGGAUUUACCAAUGGUGCCACCCAUAACUCCCCUGUAAAUCAGAGGGCCUGCUAUGCUGUCCCCAUGGAAAUGAGAAGUUCAUUUCUGUUCCACGUGCUGAACGGCUGCUUUGGAGAUGCCAAGUGGCUCGUUUCCGUGGCCGGCGUGGCCGCAGGGGAGGCGGGGCUUUUGGUGACGGACACGUUCCCGAUGAUGCCGUACUUCUGGGGCAUGGUCCUCAACGAGGAAAGCUGCAAAUCCAUGGAGAAGCUCUUCACAGCUUUGGCUGAGGCCGAGGCCAGCUUGCCCUUCCUGGCCAAAGAGGAGGUGCAGAGCGGGACUCGGUGCCUGGCCCAGUGUGACAUUGGGGAAGAGAGCAGCGCCUGGAACAGAUGUUGGGUGCUGGGCCCUGUGGGCGACCAGGCCGUGGUCUUCUUUGUGGACUUCGGCCGCUGCACCAGCGUCCCCCUGAACUCGCUGCGGAAGCUGGACGGGGAGGAAUUCUGGGAAAUCCGCCCGUUGGCUCAGCCCUUCAUGCUGGAGGAAGGAGUUUUCCCCCCACAAGACAUUCGAAGGCAAAUCCUGGUAGGAAAACUGAAAGGACCUUCUCAAUGGGAGCCGCACAUUUUAAAGUUUGUUGCCAAAACAGGCUAAGAAGUUGUGGAGUUGUGAAGUCCGCUGCAUCCCCUGCAAUCUUGAAGUACAUCUAAUUUUCUUCGUUGGGAAAAAGUUGCGGUUUCAUCGUCCCGAAAAAUAAAGUGUUUUGUUUUCUAAGUGAGGCCAGUUUUUUUAAAAGUUGGUUUAAAAAUUGGUGGAGGGAGGGAGAUACAUUAAUUUGGUUGCUUCAUUGAGGCCUUAAAACUUUGUGUUGCAAAGGGGGAGAAAAUUUUAUUUUUCCUACGGCAUUUUUGUCUUGGGACAGCUGGAAUUGUGCGGGAUGUGUAAGUAGAAUGCGGGGGGGAAUUACAUAAAUCUGUAUUUUGGCUGUUCUGUUGCAACCUUGUUCUCUUUAAGUUUGUUAUUGCAAUUAAUUGAUUAAAAGGCUAACUGGAUCCAGAAAUUGGCGUGUUUCUUUUCCUUCCAUUAUAAAAAUACACUUUUCAGCCAACGCCAAGCAGACGCGAUCAGAUUAAAUUAAAAGAAAAAUAAAGCUGCUGAGUGGUUUUUUUUUCUUAUCGUUUUGCUUUUCUCUCCUUGGGCAAAGGGGGAUUUUAUUUUAGGAGUCUCUGCUCUUGGAAAAAAAAAAUUGAGUGUAUUUUUAUUCUGCUCCAAGGCCAGAUUAUUAUUUUUUUUAAUUCUGAAAGAUGCCUUUCCUUAUUAAGAUGGUUUUGAAUCUUAUUUUUAAAAAUUGCACUCGUCUGAACAGACUUCAGAUCUGGAAUAGGUGUGAAAUGCAGAAUUGCUAGAGAAGAACCAAUAAAUCUUACAUCGGAGUCUUUGGAAAUAGCUAGAAUUUAGGGGGAGGUGUUGAAUUUCUAGUCCUCAAGAGGGCAAGAUCAACCUCGACUCUAGGGAAGUAGCGAAGGGGCUUAUUGUCUUAUUUUCCUUUUUAAAUUAAAUUUUAUCAGGCAUACACUCCCGAGUGACGGUGAUUUUCAUACACACGAUGAAAGGCUCAGCAAAAUUGGAUCCUUUUUUUUUUUUUAAGAAAAUGGAUUAGAUCUGGAAAGAUUUCCCCCAGAUCUCCCCGCUUGGGGGCUGCUGCAGAUUAAUGUGGCUUUUUCUCUCUCUCUCUCUCUUUUUGCUAGCAUUUAAUCUGCUUUUUAAAGGGCUUCAACAUCUUUUCCAAGCAUUUCUGGCUGUGAAAAUGCAAUUACACCUUCUUGCGCGGAUGGUUGAAACAGACCGGUACCCGUGCCUGGUUUUUUUGGGGGAAAAGAGAUUUUUCUAGCACCCACCAGAUUCUCUCUUCAUCUCCUUUUCUGUAGCCGCUCUUCAGAUGGCCGGACUGGGGAAUCUGAAGCGAGGAAUCUUAAGCAACCCGGUGCAAUUUCGUCCUCCUUUCGCUUUUCAAUGUUUUAUCGCUGAGAAUUUGAACUCCGUUUAUCUUGAGAAGGGCGUGCAAACAUUCCUCGCUUAACGACCGGCUGUUUCCACAACGGUUCCACGUUACAACAACAA